GGAGUCGGCGGCCACAUCGGCUGAGAGAUGAGGGACACCGAGCGGCGGCGGCGGGCGGGCGGAGCGCGAGGCCGCGGUCACACCGGGAGGCGCCGCCGCUAACGCGCAAAAAGAAAAGUUGAACACUAUCCAUCAGGUACAAACCCGAAGCUUGAGACAGGCUGGUAUCACUUGGUUAUUAAGGCAGUCCUGCCUGCAGACAGUUUGGAACUCUCCUCUAUAAGGACAGCAGCUAAAGCAUGUUUGCUAAACUAAAAAAGAAGAUUGCUGAAGAGGGCGGUGCAUCGCCUCGGCCCGGGACGGCUCGGAUUCCACGAUCGUUCAGCAGAGAGUCCAUUACCUCCGUCGGAGCUGACUCGGGCGAUGACAUUGCAUCUGACAGCAGCUGCCCUCGCGAGGACCUCUUGUCUCAGCUGCUCCGGCGAAAUGACCAAGUUCGAAAGCUGGAAGUCAAACUAUCAGAUUAUGCUGAGCAGCUGCGAAGCUUGCAGAAGACCAGAGAGAAGCUUGAGAUUGCAUUAGAAAAACAUCAGGAUUCCUCGAUGAGGAAGCUUCAGGAGCAGAAUGAGGCUUACCAAAUCAGCAGAGCAAAGAUGGCAGAAGGAAUGACACUGGCCUUAAACAAAAAGGAUCAGGAGUGGAUGGCAAAGGUUUCAGAUAUUGAAAAGGAAAAAGCAAGGUUUGAAGAGCAGCUGCAGGAGAUGAAGACACGCAGUCUGAAUCUGUUCCACAGACGCGAUGAGCAGGACGAACUGGACGGGUUUCAGCAGCAGGAACUUGCCAAAGUCAAACAUAUGCUGCUGAGGAAAGAAGAGAAGUUGUCAAAAGUGGAACAGGAGCUUGAGGAACGCAGCGCUGAGCUGCAUCAAACCAAAGAACAGCUGCACGACUCUCACCAGAGGCUGGAUAACCUGGACAAAAGCUUUCAGCAGCUGCAGAGACAAAUCGCCGCCACUGACGAGGAGAGAGAGGAGUUUCUGGCUACAAAGAGAAAUGCGGAAGAAAAAAUAUCUGAGCUGGAGAAAAGGGGAAAGGAGUUACAGGAUACCAUUCAACGACUCUCAGUAGACUUGCACAAGACUUCUGUAGAAUUGGAGGAAAAGGGAAAGACUAUUGAGCACCUGCGAGAAAAAGCGGUCUCUCUGCAAAAAAGGAUGGAGGGAAAUUAUUCAGAGGAUGAGCAUUUACAGGAGCUACUUAAAGAGAAAUGCGAGCUGGAACAGAAGCUGGAGGAAAUGAGGCAGAACGUGUUGGCAGCCAAGACCAGCCAGACUGAGGUCACCAGCGCUCUGGAAGCACAGAUAGCUACACAAGCAGCACAACUACAGACUCUGGCAAAACACAAAGAGGAGGAUAUUCAGGCUUUCAGGGAACAGACUGCCAGUCAGAUGAAUGAAUUGGAGCAAAGACUGCACUGGACUGCUGAAAACCUGAAGAGGAGAGCGGAGGAAGUGAAUGAAAAAGAAAUCCAACUCAAAAAAAUGCAAGAAGACAGUGAAAUAGAGAGCAAUAAAUGGCAGCAGCAGGUGGCUGCUCUAAGGCACCAGCACACAGAGAGGAACAGCAGAGCAGACGCACAGAUAGCUGCCCUCGAAACUGCCCGCGAGUUUGAUAAGACAGCCUCUCAGCAUCAGAUAAGCCAACUAGGACAAGACAAUGAGGAGCUGAGGGAAAGGCUGAAGGAGACUGAGAACUCAUUGAAGAAAGUUGAAUGUGAAUUAGAAAAAUCUAAGCAAGAAUUAAGCAGCAAAGAAACUAUUAGUGCUGAAAUUGCAAAAGCCUUGGAAGAAACGCAGAAGCAGAGAGAGGAUCUUCAGCACGAGGUGGCGAAAUUGACAGCAACACUCAAUGAGGAAACUACCUCAGGCAGUCAGCAACAUCAGGAGCUCCUCAAAAGGGAAGCAGAUCUCGAGGAGCUGAAGCGAGGUGCGAGAACAGAACCUGCACAUAACUACAAUGAGGCUGUGUUGUCACAGCUCCAUCAGCUGCAGGUGGAAAAGAAUAUGUAUGAAUGUGCAACAGUGGAACAGGAGGGGUCAGCUCAGAACCAGCUGAGUGCUGUCAGACUGCAAGUGACUGAGACACAGGCACUACUGGAGAUGAGCCAGAGAAAGGUCAGUGAGCUGGAGGCUGAGGUGACGGCCCUCAGUGACCAGCUGACACCCUCCGACAGCGACGAAACGGAGCAAAAUGGGGAAGUGGCUGUCACGGACGCUCUGCGGCUUCAACGCGACAACCAAGACUUGGAGCAGCAAUUACUGGAGAAAAACAAGACCAUUAAGCAGUUACAACAGAGGCUGUCAGAACUCAAAAAGACACUACAGAAAGAGCUGAAAAUGAAGCCGGAGAUGGAGUUGCCUGAAGUCCGCGAGCGGCCGUGCUCAGAGCUGCCCUGCGCUGUCGGAGCUGCCACCACAGUCAUAAACAACUCCGACAUGAACGACUCCAGGGAAAUCAACUUUGAAUACCUUAAGCACGUCCUUCUGAAGUUCAUGUCCUGUCGGGAAUCUGAGGCCUUUCAGCUGCUGAAAGCAGUGUCUAUGCUCCUUAACUUCACACUUGAAGAAGAAAACAUGUUGAAGGCAAACUUAGAAUAUAAGAUGUCUUGGUUUUGGUCAAAACCUGUUCCUCCAUUGGGUCGAGCACCCCCUCCCUGGCAUUAAACCGAGUGCAACGUCAGGAACGUACACACUCAGAACCACCAACACAUCAGACCAACACUAUGGCUGUCUAUUCAUAAUAAGAUCCCCUUAUUAGUGUUCUCAGUCACUGUUAUGACAGUGUUUUUAAUACCAGACUACACGUUUUAGAAGCUGUUUACAAAAUAAUAGUAACCAGUACUUUAUAUUAAUGCAUCUUUUAAAUGCAAAAUGAAGUUGUUCUCCUAUGGGGAAUGAAGUUCAUGGAAGAGAGGAGGAGAGAAAGUUUACUGUGUGGGCAGAUAUUAAGGGUAGUCUGUACACAGAUGAGGGAAGGUCCAUUAGUUCUGGUCCCAGACCUCAAACCUUUAUUAGUUCAUCUGAAAAAAUCAUGGUGUGAAGCAGUGUGUCCUCAUUCUCUUGCCUGUGGCAUGGCUGUUUGUACAUGGAAAACAAUUAAUGAUUGCAAUCGCCUGUGCUUUUUUCACCCCUGAUUCUGUCACUGCGAGAACCAAACAGGAGAGAGGGGAAGAGAGAGAAAUUACAUUACUUUAUUAUUGUUUCUUUUCUCUCCCUGCCCCCCGGUCAUGAAAGAAAGCCAGCACGGCUGUCCAAAGCUGCCUUUGAAUUCACAGUAUCAUGAUCCAAAACCUGAUUUGCAAAACUUAAUUGUGCGUUUGAACUGCUGUCAAUUGGAUUAUUUAAAGAUGGAAACGUGGAAACUUACAAGACUUAAAGAAAAAAAUCGCAGCAACAAAGAGAAAAUGAGAUCAAGUUAACUUUUUAUCCUAACCAGUUUGUCUUCAGCUGAUAGAAACUGCCAGCACAACUGCUUCCAACAGAUUUAGCUUGAGAUACAAUACAGUCUGUGCUGUUGUUGGCCUAUAACACUAUUCUGAUCCCUUUUGUGUGUUCUUGCUGUCGUUUGAAUAUUGUGUUUUUUAUCACAAUGUAAGAAUUCACUGCAUCACCUAAAAUGAUGCUCAACAAGUCGGAACCAGGGAAGUUGGUGCUUUAGAAUCACAAAGGAGACUGGUCCCUACACCUUGAUUAUUGUGGAAUCCUGUAGCUCAGUGGUUAGAGCAUUCACCUCGCAAGCGAGAGGAUCUGGGCUCAAUUCCCAGGUCAGGCCAAAACAUUGGGCAAGUUUCCUUACUUCACUCACCUGUUUACCCAACAGUAAGUUGGAACCCAGUUGUUAGUCGAUUGGCGAUCGCUUUUCUGAGGAUAAUAAUCCCUUCAAAAAUGAAUAAAUAAUAUGGUCACUCAAUCAACAACUGUUUGUAGGACACUGUUCUGCACAAAUAGCUGCUGUAUUUUAUCCACAAAAUAUACAGUCAAUUCGCUUUACAGUAUAUUCUGCAAAGAGCUUUGAGACAUCUUGAAGAAAUGAUAAAAUGCUAUAGCAAUGCAAGGAUUAUUAUUUAUGAAAAAACACAUCCCAAUACCCACAAAUCUCCAUGUUGUGAAUUGAACUCAAGAUUGGAUGUUUUAAAAAAAUAUUUACAGCCUUUUGGAGGCACAUUGUUGUAUAAUGGUUUCUCUGCAGUAUUUUCUUCUCCCUGCCAUUAUUGUGGAACUGAGAAUUCCCUAUUGAAAAUGAGAGCAAUGUAUAUUUUAAGUGACCAACUAAUGCACUUUUAUUUGUAUACAGAUGUGGUGUACAUGGGUUGACUGGUUCUUGGUUACGGAUUUCUCUCCUGGUGUCAGCCUGGAUUAGGUACAGUAACCAUCAUCGGCCAACCAGUGUUUGCUUGGGAAUAAUUUGUAGGUGCAAUACUUUCCAAUUAAAACUCUUUUGACUUGC